UGAUGAAUCGUCUGCUUGUGCGUGCUCAUAUGCGCGCCAAGCUGUAGGAAACUCAUAGGUGGCGCCGCCGAGCGGUUGGGUAACAGAACUAACGGCCUGUUACCCAAGCUUUCGUCCCCCCAUUUUAACCCAGAACCGUUCUUCUAUAGGAAGUCUAUAUUCGUUGGACCUAUUAUAAUAGCGAUCGAUGGAAUUGAGAAAUUGGAGUCGGUUGUUGAAUCGAGAGGUUACGGUCAGGUGGGACUCGACAUUGUGAAAGUAUUAUAUUUGAGCGGCACCGCGAGGCCUUGAUUAUGAUGUAUUGUCCUUAGUCGCGUGCACUUUCGCCUCGGUUUACAUCGUUUUGUAAUACCAAAGGGACUUUCGAAUUGGAGCUCCAGCCUCUCACUUCUCUAAAAAAUUUCCCAGUGGUCAUAGACCAGAAUGUCAGACAAGAGAAGGAGCAACGAAAACAGUCCAGCUUGUUCGCCUAGGAAAGUCAAUAAAAAAUCCACACGUGCCAAUGUUCCCAGUUGUAACUGUGCUCGUAAGACAGAGAAUACAGACUACAUCGAAGAUGUUGUCUGCAAGGAGACGGACAUCCAAGAAAACGAGAUGAAGACUCUUCCUCUUGGCGAGGAAGGAGGCAAGAUAUUGCUGAUCAAGCAGAAAGGAGAGCUGCAUGCUAUUGGCACCAAGUGUACGCACUAUGGUGCCUUGUUGCAUACCGGAGCUUUGGGAGAGGGAAGAGUCAGGUGUCCCUGGCACGGAGCUUGCUUCAACAUCAAGAAUGGAGAUAUCGAGGAUUACCCUGGACUAGAUUCUCUGCCGUGCUACAAAGUCUCUGUUGGUGAUGGCCAAAUCAGAGUCAGGGCAAAGCGCUCAGAACUUUUGGCUAACAAGAGAACAAAGGGCAUGUGCAAACUGAAACAAAAUUAUCCCGAAACUGUUGUUGUAGUCGGUGGAGGACCUGCAGGUGCCACUUGCGUUGAAACUCUCAGGCAAGAGGGUUUCCAGGGACGUAUACUGAUGGUUUGCAGAGAAGAUGUUCUACCUUAUGAUCGAGUUAAGGUUUCUAAAACCAUAGAUUUUGAUGUACAGAAAGCUUUAUUGAGGCCUCAGUCUUUCUACAACGAACACAAUAUUGAAACUAAAUUGGGAAAUGCUGCAAUUAGCUUGAAUGUAAACAGACAGAUAGUUACUCUGAGUGAUGGCGAAGAGUUGCACUAUAACCACUUAUUUAUAGCCACAGGCUGCAAACCCAAGAGACCAGAUUUUCCAGGGGUAAAUUUAAAGAAUAUUUAUGUGAUGAGAGAUUACACAGAUUCCCAAGGUGUAAAUAAAGAACUAGGAAGCGAUAAGCAUGUUGUGUGCUUUGGCUUGGGAUUUGUUGGUAUGGAAGCCGCGGCUUAUUGCAUAGACAAAGUUGCAUCGGUAACAGUAAUUGGACGAUCUCCUACACCAUUCAAGUCUGUAUUUGGCGAAGAAAUAGGAAAUAGAGUGAGGAAGGAAUUUGAAAGCAAAGGAAUUAAAUUCAUAUCUGACAGUGGUAUUGACAAAUUUAUACCAAGGGAAGAUCAUCCAGAUGUUGUAAGCAAAGUUGAGCUAAAAGAUGGAAGACAGUUACCAGCUGAUAUUGUUAUAUUAGGUAUUGGUUCAACUCUGUACACCGACUGGAUGAAAGAUUCAGGGGUAACAAUGUUAGAUGAUGGCAGUAUAGAAGUAGACAAGUAUCUGAGAACAAACGUACCAAAUGUCUAUGCUGGAGGUGACAUCGCAUAUGCACCAAUUUACUCUGCUGGAAUCUCAGCAACAAUUGGACACUACCCCUUAGCCCAUUAUCAUGGGAAAAUAGCAGCGAUAAAUAUUUGCAAAAAAGUGACACCAUUGCAGGCUGUGCCUUUCUUUUGGACAACGUUAUUUGGAAAAAGCUAUCGUUAUGCUGGAUACGGUACACCAGAAAGAAUCAAAGUUCAUGGAUCUUUGGAAGAUUUCAAAUUUUUCGCGUAUUACUUUAAGGAUGGCAAAGUUAUAGCCAUGAGCAGUGUAGGUAGGGAUCCGAUUGUGGCCGAUUUUGCAAACUUACUCUACGAAGGUAAAUCCUUAACAGAAGAGGAAGUUGAGAAGGAUCCAAUUGGUUGGAUACGCAGCAAACCAAAGGAUCUUCAAGCUUCUAUCAAACCAGACACUCAGACGCAACAAUGAUAAAUAUUAAAAUUUGAAUUUUGCUGAUUACAUUUUGAAAUUACUGAACAAACUGCUUAGGUGAUCAAAGAAUUCAAGUUGAUGGUGCUAAUUUUAUGAUCAAAUCCAAGAUUUAAAUUGAUUUGUCCAUGUUACGAGCGUGGGACCAAGAUUCUCUAUAAAGAUUUUGUACACCUCUGUCCUCUUCGAAUAGCAAAAGCAUUGUAAAAAAGAUAAUAACUCAAUGCUUUUCCACAAGCUUGUGAAUUAUAUUAGAAAAAAAAAAUUGUUAACUUAAGUGAUAAUUUGUUUCUCACCAGUAUUUUGUAAGAUAUAAUUUAUUUGCACUUUUGCAGGUAUUUAUAUAUAAUUUACAAUCAAAUCAUGUUGUGGCUAUUACAACAUAAGACAAUAGACCAGAAACUAAUCAAAUGUGUUUCUAAAUAACUAAAGUUGUAUGUGGUAUCAAAAAAAGAUACUGAAGAUGUUGAAAGUAUUUUAAUAUAUUUAAUUAAUUGACAUAUACACAA